AUAAAUUGAUCAUCCCAUAUAUGACUUUCCAAUUGUAGUAUUGCCACCUAAUUGCCAUGGCCAAAAUACUCGAGGUCUCCCGUGUUCCUCCUUUCGCAGAUUCAUCCGAUUCCCACUCGGACUUUUCUCUGCCGCUGACUUUCUGCGACACCAGCUGGUUCAAGUUCCCUCCGGUUGAGCGUCUCUUCUUCUACUCUCUCCCACAACCGAAACAAACUUUCUUAGACUCAACAAUCCCAAAACUCAAAAACUCUCUCUCUCUAACUCUCCAACACUUCCUCCCUCUCGCUGGUAACCUAACUUGGCCUCGACAUUCCCCCAAGCCCAUCAUCCUCUACACCCCAAACGAUGGCGUUUCUCUCACCGUCGCCGAAUCCAAUGCCGCCCAAGACUUCGACUUUCUCUCCGCCGACCAUCCCCGCGAAGCGGCGUCGUUUCACCCCUUCGUUCCGAAUCUGAAAGUUACCGAAACAGGGGCUUCGGCGAUAUCCGUGCAAAUCACUUUGUUUCCGAACAGAGGAUUUUGCAUCGGCGUGACGUGUCACCAUGCCGUUCUUGACGGGAAAUCCACGGCCAUGUUCAUGAAAUCUUGGGCUUAUAUUUGCAGAUCGGAGAAACCAGGUUCACUGCCGGAUCAGCUAAAGCCUUUCUUUGACCGGUCUGUCAUCAGAGACCCAGAUGGGCUCGACAUCUUUUACGUGAACCAGUGGUUGGCAUCGACCAAACAUAUAGACCCAAAUCCGUUCCAGUUUCUGCCGAGUCUAGACGUGCCGUCAGAUUUGGUCCGAGCCACUUUCGAGUUAACCCGUGCGGAUAUAGCCAAACUCAGGCAAAAGGUAUUGUCCUCUUGGGACAAACAAGAAAAGCUCCACUUAACCUCUUUUGCUCUCACACUCUCCUACAUGGCUGUCGGCAUUCUCACAGCCACAGAAGAAGAUCAUAAGUUAGCCAUCAAAAAGCAGAAGGUCAACUUAUUAUUCGCGGUGGAUUAUCGGAACCGCCUGAGGCCGCCGGUCCCGGAGAACUACUUCGGGAAUUGCGUCAGCGACCUGAUGAAGAAGUUGGAGGAGGACGUGAUGGAAGGAGCUGCUGAGAAAUUUUCGAAGCGGCAGUCGGAGUUUGCUAAAGGGAAUAUGCGCGUUAUCGCAGUGGCGGGGUCGCCGAGGCUCGGCGUUUACGAUGUCGAUUUCGGGUGGGGAAAGCCAAAUAAGGUGGAGGUUGUGUCUAUAGACAGAACCGGAGCUAUUUCCAUGGCGGAAUCUAGGGAUGGAAGUGGAGGCAUUGAGGUUGGUGUGGUUUUGAAGAAAAGUGAAUUGGAUGGUUUCACUUCUUUCUUUCUCGCCGGUUUAGAGACUCAUGUCUAG